UCUCUGUGCCUCAGUUAUCUGUAAAAUGGGGAUUAAGACUGUACAUUGUAUAUUACCCUUCUGUGGCUAAUUCCCUCAUUCUUAGGAUCAGAGUCCUAGAGCUUUCCUUGGUCUCACUAAAAGAAAAAACACAAUCGCAAAGGUUAACACAUAUCGAGACCUUUUUUCUUAUUUACAUAUGUCCUAUCUGUAAUUUGUAGAAUUUAGCAAUUAAAUUUCUCCCUUGUAUUCCACCUAACACCUCUUAUGGGUAAAUGUUGACCCCCAAAUCAAUCCAUGGCCUCUAUUGAGCACUCAUUAUGUACACAGCACUACAACAGAAUUAGCAGACACAGUCCCUGCUUAUAAAGAGAUUAAGAAUUUAUUAGAAAUUCAAUCAAUCAGUGGUACUUACUGAGCACUUACUGUGGACAGAGCACUUAACUAAAAGCUUGGGGAAAUAUAAUACUACAGAGUUAUUAGACAUGUUUCCUGCCCACCAGGAGCUUAUAGUCUAGACGAGGAUCUUACAGACUAGAGUAUUUAAAAUAUUUCUACUGGCUUCCUUUCUGUGGGUAUGUUGUGCAUGUGUAUUACUGAACUGUAUGGAUGGGGAGCUGUUUCCUGGUUUUGGUUUGAAGGACUAAUAGAACUGCCAGUUGAGAUUCCUGUCUUUUGAACCUCAACCAUUCAAAGCCUAGGUUGCAAUCUAAAUUUUUUCAUGUGGCCUGAGUUCAGGGGACUACACGGUCCUGUGAUGUUGAGCAGGGGAAGUUGAGGUUUUGCUUCCUGUACUGACUUCCAUCUGUCACAGCACUGGAAGUAGUUUUGGUCCUGCUGCUUCUCUCUUUCUUUUAUCACACGCACCUCUAAGCGGUUGUAAGAGAGUAAAGCUUUAUAUGGCCCUGGGCAUCGAGCACUAACUGACCCUUGGAAUGUUAGUUUUAGUGUUGGAACAUAAGAGGGAUUUUCCCUAAAUUCCACUCUAUGAGACCAAAGAGCAGAAACCAAGGAAGGAUUGCUGAAGCUUAUUGUUUUGAGGACCAAUGCCUCCCCAUGAUAGUGAACUGCUGCUUAUAAGGUUUUUGAAUUAUUAUUUCCCUUUCAUUGCUGUUUCCUGGAUGUCUCUCCUCUCCCUAUCAUUUAGAUUAGGAAGCCCCGUGAUCAGAGACUAGAUUUACUCCUGGCCUGAGAGUCAAGCAGGUUUCUCCUGAUCCUCUCAGUUUUGGUCUUGAGGAGAUGAGGGAAUCAAACUGAUUACAUAAUAACUGAAGUAUUGGUUAAGUGCUUACUAUGUGCCAAGUGCUGCACUAAACACGGGGAAGGUACAAUUUAAGCAGAUCAGAAGCAGAUAAAUAUCUAUAUCUAUCUACCUUUGUAGAUAUCUACAAAGGUAGAUAGAUAGAUAUAGAUAUUUGCUAUCAAGAAAAACCAUAGGUUCCUGAUCCUUAGUUUAUCUGGAGAAAAAAAACAACAAACCUGUAACAAAAACCCACCAUAUAUCAGUUAACUCUAAACUCCAGAGAUUAAAUUAGUUUUAACUUCCAGGCCAUUUCACAAGCAUUUAGUCAAAGUUGAACCAGCCUGACCUCAAAUUUCACUACAAAUUCACAUGACUUUCUUGGGCAAUAACUCAUCAAUGAGAAUGUCGACAUCAAGCCAAAAAGUCAAUAAACUCUGCCAAUUUUGUUCUCUGUAAACCUCACAUCGAGUGAGAGAAAAGGCAAAGACAACACAGGGGCAAGAAGAAAAAGUAAGAAGUAGCAGAAAGCAACAAAGCCAAGAUGAGCAGCAUUCUCAGUUUCUCCAUAGAAACCUGGAUCCUUCUUGGCACUUUUCUGGCUCUGAUGAUACUAUAUGGGAUCUGGCCGUAUGGAGUCUUCACGAAAUUGAGGAUUCCUGGGCCAAGGCCCAUUCCUUUCUUGGGAAACAUUCUGGAUUAUUCUCAAGGUAUGGAUGAGUUUGACAAGAAAUGUUUUCAGAAAUAUGGGAAAAUAUGGGGGUUAUAUGAAGGCCGGAAAGCCAAAAUUGCUGUCCUGGACCUAGACAUCAUUAAAAGUGUACUCGUGAAAGAAGUGUUCACUAACUUCACUAAUCGGCAGAUGGCAGGUAUUGAGGGGAUAAUGUCAGAGUCAAUUUUCAGUGCCAAGGACGAACGCUGGAAAGAAUUACGCACAUUGGUGUCACCUACAUUCACCAGUGGAAAACUAAAGGAGAUGGUGCCCAUGAUGAUCCAAUAUGGGGAGGUUUUAGUAAAAAACCUCCAGAAUAAAGUAGAAAAGAACCAGAAUGUGACCAUCAAGGAUUACUUUGGGGCCUACAAUCUGGAUGUGAUCACCAGUACUUCAUUUGGUGUGGACAUUGAUAACUUGAACAAAAUGAAUAACACAUUUGUGAAGGAGAUCAAGAAGUUAACAUCAAUUAAUUUUUUUUCUCCACUUUUUGCUUUGAUAAGUGUACUUCCAUUUAUGAUACCUCUUCUUAAGCUUCUAAAUAUUAAUACAUUCCCCAACGAUUCUGUAGAAUACUUUAAAAGAUUUAUGGAUAAAAUAAAGGAAAGGACCCAGCAAGGCAAUCCACAACAACGAAUGAAUUUUUUGCAGUUGAUGCUUGAUACCCAAAACCCAAAGGAGGGUUUGAAGAACAAAGGAGGCAUUAUCUCCCAAAAAGGUCUGAGUGAUGCUGAGAUCCUGGCACAAGCAUUUUCCUUCAUUUUUGCUGGCUAUGAGACCUCCAGCACAACACUUUCUUUCAUUUCUUAUAACCUGGCCACCCACCUUGAUGUCCAGAAGAAAUUGCAGGAGGAGAUAGACGAAGUUCUACCCAAUAAGGCACCUCUCACCUAUGAUGCCUUAGUACAGAUGGAGUAUUUAGACAUGAUUAUAAAUGAAACUCUAAGGUUAUACACUGUUGGAUCUCGACUUGAAAGGAUCUGCAAGAAAACCAUGAAGAUAAAUGGACUGACCAUCCCCAAAGGGAUGACUGUUGUGAUCCCUGUUUCUUGCCUACAUAACGAUCCAAAUUACUGGGUAAACCCUGAUGAGUUUCAUCCUGAAAGGUUCAGCAAAGAAAUGAGAGACAAGAGGGAUCCCUACACUUUCAUGCCCUUUGGCGCUGGCCCCAGGAACUGCAUUGGAAUGAGAUUCGCGCUCCUCAACAUCAAAGUGGCCAUAAUCGGGCUGCUGCAGAACUUCUCGCUCAGGACUUGCCAAGAGACCCAGAUUCCUCUGGAGGUGAAUUCAUUUGGAUUGUUAACCACCAAAAAACCCAUUGUUCUGAGGUUCAUCCCUAGAGCUGAAAUCAAGAGUAAGGACUGACAUCAAAGGACUGUCCACAUUUCUUCAAAGGAUCCUGCAUUCUGGGCCAUCAGAAAUCUAUAACCCCAUUUCGAAUUACACAAAAAUGGCAUGAUGUUUUUCAGUGUCUUAAUAAUAAUGUUGGUAUUUGUUAAGCGCUUACUAUGUGCCGAGCACUGUUCUAAGCGCUGGGGUAGACA